AUGGCAGAUGAUGAAGAUCUUGCCAGGGAAAUAUUCAGGAUAACCUUGGAAGACAAGAUAUCAGUAGAAAAUGAUGAUUAUGUGGAUUCAGAAAGCGUCGCCUUGGGCAUGUCACGGAUGAGGCUUGCAGACGAGGCCAUCAAUGAUAGAGAGCCUUCAGCUCAGCAUGAAAAUCAAGCUUGGCAAGACUAUCAUACACUCUACCUCCUCGAUCAUGAAGCCGACCAUCAUGUCCGCACAGUGACGGAUGUCAUAAACACGCUGGAUUCAAUUGGGGAUAAGCAAGCACUGGCGAUGCUCUCAGAAGGACAUACAUGGUUAGAGAAGUCAUUGGGAAAAGUUAUGAAUAUGGACGUAGGAACCGACACUUGUAAUGAGCAAUUUCGUCAUGCACAGCUCCAGUUGUUGCAGGACACUAAAGAGGCAGCAAAGAGUAUUAUGUGUGUAAUUGCUCACAGGAAAAAACAGGAUCCAAAUCUGAAGAACAAUGCAUCAGAGGCUGUUGAAACUGACCGUGUUACAAGUAACAUCGGCUACAUGGCCCCCCUAUCAUUUUUCCCCUUCAUCCUCGCCCUCGUAUGCCUCCGGCUCGCACUUCUCUACCGACUAUCCAUUGACCGGAUCCUCGGGACCGUUCCCGUCCCUCGUCUCCCUCCUAUCGCACCAACGUGCGCACGUGCCUUCGGGCUAUGA